AUGGUGGCGGCUCUGGCGCCGCCGUCCCGGAGCUGGUCCAACGUCGGCGGGAGCGUCAUCCCCGAACUCCGAGCAAAACACAAAAUGGACUUGGAGAAUUUGACGUUGACAAAACAACCACUCAGAACAUUACAUCUUUUCCUGUUAGCCGUGUUACAAUACUUGAAAAGAUUAGCAAAAUAUAUCCUGAGCAAGGGUGGUUCUGGUUUGCAUACAUUUGUGCUGUAUCUAGGUCCUCAUAUUGCUCUGUUCACUAUUAACGCUGUUCAGUGUGGUCGAAUUGAUUUGAAAAUGGCUUCAUAUGAUACCAUACAGCUUAAGGUUGGGCCGUCAUGGCUUGACAAGAAAUGUUCAGAAAUUGGACCGCCUGUGUAUCCAGCAUCAGCUCAUUCUGUUAGGAUCCCAGUGUUUGACUUACUAACUCAGAUACAGCUGGAAGCAGUUCUUUGGGGCAUUGGGACUGCACUCGGCGAGCUUCCCCCUUAUUUUAUAUCACGAGCAGGAAGCAAGUCAAAAGCUGUUAAGGAGCUUGAUGUUGCUACUUCCAAAGAAGAUGGGACAGUAGCAUCCACUCUUAAUCGUACCAAGCAUUGGCUUCUUUCUCACUCUCAACAUCUCAACUUCUUCUCUAUCUUGAUACUUGCUUCGACACUUUUUAUUGUGUCCUUAUGCAACAAUCAGCUCCUGUAUCUUAUGGAAAAGGAGUUAAUCUGGAUAUUUGGCCACAUUCCUGGGUUUUCCACGGGGCCACCUCUCAGCGACUUUGAAUAUGAAGGGGCAGCACCGUUGAGAGAGGAGGAAGGAUGCGAAAAACGAGGCGGGAACCGGCAGCUGCCAAAAGAAUGUCCAAAACGGAGGCAACGCUUACAGCGGAGGCCCGAUGAGCAUUGGGCUCUAGAAUGGGCCGAGGAAAGAUAUCUGGAGCAGAAAGGGGGGCUGUGA